AUGCCUAAAUCUGCCUCCUUCGACGUGAUAGGCACCUGCUUUGACUUCGCCGUGCCCAUCGACAAAAUCCACUCGCGCCUCGGUCCGAAGCUCUCCACCGCAGCCGUUGACCCGAAGACGCUCUUCUUUGCGUGGUUUUACGCCGCACAGCGCGACUUCACAUAUGUCAGCCUGGCAGGAUCUUACAAGCCCAUUGCCGAAAUCCUCAAGUUGACUUUCCGGCGAGCGUGCCGCAUCGUGGAUUUACCAGCUGAUGCGGUAACGGACGAGGACAUUGAGGAGGUGAUGAAGGCGUUCAAGGCCAUGGCGCCUCGAGAGGGCCUGAAGAGAUGUUUCGAUGGACUGCGAGAGGCGGGCUGGGAUGUCUACGGUGUUACGAACGGCGGUAUCCAAACGUCACUUAACUACUACCAUGCCGCUGGAAUUAAUCUUGAUGAGGAGCAUCUACUUAGCUGUGAUACGCUCAAGAUUGCAAAACCGGAUGUCAAAGUUUACGAGAAUGCGAAUAAACACCUAACGAAUCGCGGUGUGGGAAAGAAGGGUGAUGGCGAGAGAUGGUUUGUUGCAGCGCAUGCGUGGGAUCUGAUUGCUGCACGUAAAGCAGGCUUCAAGACAGCUUACCUAGAUUUUGAAGAGCAUGAUCCGGUCACCUCAGUCUUUGGAGAAUUUGAUAUGUAUGCGAAGGAUAUGGAUGAGUUGCUGGCAAAAUUGAAGGACAUCAUAUAG